AUGCGCGUGUUUUUCAAAAUGGCUGCCACAUGGUGCGAAGUAAAGCCAUGUCUUUCCUAUUCAGUUUUAAAUAUCAUAAACAAAUUUGGCUUCAGUUCCAUGACUCCGGUACAGGUAUACAAAAUGAUAAUCUUACUACUGCCCUAUGACGGGAAUUCUGUAAUGGUUUUAACCCUCGGAUUCUUUACUCAGGCAGCCACCAUUCCACUUUUUAUGUCAAACAAAGAUGUUGCAGUUGAGGCGGUAAGUUUGAUUUGUACGUUUGUAAAUUUUUUUUAGGACAAGUCACUCAUCCUAAGCCCAUUUAUAAAGUCCAGCUUUUACCUGGUUUUGCUAUAGAAUACAAGACGACUUUCUUGAGACCCUGUACGUGAGGGGUUUUAGGGAUAAGGUAUAUUGUGGCAUAUGUACAAUUUAUAGAUACAGGUUCUAUAAUUUCAGAAUAAUAAUUCUCUCUAUGUAUACUGUUGUUCACCUCGUGGUUAGUUUUAUUAAAUUGUUUCAAUUUCAAUGUCGUUUGGCUUUUCUUAUUGUAUCAGAUGUUAGAAUCAAAACUAUUGUGAAUCUUCUGAGUUCAAUUCGCCACUUUAGAAAUGAAAAGGAAAUUGGACCAAGUUACUUUUCUCAAAGACUUUUGAGACUGCUACUAUAAAAUUCCGAAAAUAAGCCCCUCCUUGUAUAAGCCCCUCCAAAUAUAAGCCCCCCAAACGGGUGAUGCAAAAAGUCCUCCGUUAAAUCGCCCCUCCUAAUAUAAGCCCCCAGGAGGCUUGUACUUGGGAAAUGCCCUCAAAUACUAAGUAAAACAAAGCAAAAACGGUAAACUUACUUCCAACUGUAGGGCUAGCCCAAUCAAUUUUAAAACGCAAAUAAGCCCCUUUGACUAUAAGCCCCUCCAAAAAUAAGCCCCUCAAAAAAGGCCUUUGAAAAAUAUAAGCCCCAGGCUUAUUUUCGGAAUUUUAUGGUAUUUGGGACAGGAAAAAAAUUGGCCAAUAGCUGAUGGCUGCAUCCUCAGUAACAUUCCCAGAAACUUUUGCAGGACGCUUUUCACCUCCAGGUCCGGGUUGUUAAAACGUUGGAUAGUGCUAUUCACCGGAUAAAUCUCUAUCUGGUGGAUAACGCAAUUGGUUUCCCCAAUACUUAUCCACUGGAUGGCGAUUUAUCCAGUGGAUAGCGCUAUCCAAGGUUUGAACAACCGGAGCUAGUUUCCUUCUUGUUUGUAAAGUGGCAAAAAUUAUUUUUGCAUCAUUGAUUCACCUUUUGCUUGAUCACAUCAGCUUAUUUCCUUCUUUAUAGUGGUUUGGUGUAUCCUUUCUUACCUUAAAGUGAUGUGACAUGAGACGAUUCGCAACAACAAUUUUAGCGCAAUGAAGCUUGGCAACAUUGCUGCGACAUUGUUUCGAAUUACAUGGUUCCAACUUUCCAAUGCUGUGUUGCAUUAAAAAUUGUUGUUGCAAAUUGUCCCGUGUAACAUCACCCUUAGACAAGCUCUUAAGCUCUUGGGGCAAACCAUGUAAAUGUGCUGAAAUAAUUUUUACUUAAUAAUAAACAGAGCCUUUAAAACUAAUUCAACUUGUCAUUGUGUCAUUGUGAUUUAGGUUACAGGAUCUGGAAAAACUUUGGCAUUCUUGAUUCCUGUUGUUGAAAUUCUUCUUAGAAGGUAUUAUUCUUGAUAAAUAGUACUGACAGUGAAUAACUGACAUAUCUAACCUGCCAACAAUAAUUAUUGUUAGAGUAUAUUUUAUCUUUGACAUUUAUUUUCUAAAUUAGAACUCCAAAAUUUGGAGAUUCCUUGAAAACCCUGAAGAUUGACAAAUCUAGGUGAUAUUUACUUCCUUUGUGGUAGUAUGUCCCUGUUUUGUCGCGGAUUAUAUCUUACUCCCAGUUGAUUAAGGGCUACAGCUGUACAUUAUUACCAUACAGUUUGUUACAUUUAAAGUUUGAGAUUGUUGGAUUCUAGUUAAAGUUUUCCAGAGGUUGCCAAAUGUUGGGGUGUGAAGUUCAAACCCUGAAACUCAACCUUACCCUUGUCAGUCAGUACUCACAGCGGCAUCUAGUGUCAUUCAAUAAAGUUCUUUUAUAGUUGCAAAGUAAAAGAAAAAAUUUCUUACUUUCUUUAUGCUGGACAAGCACAGUCUAUAUUAAAUUUGGUUGUCCAAAAUUAAACCCAAGAGUUCUUGUCCAAAAUGUAUUGCCAGGUUCCUGAGCCAAAUGGAGCUCAUUCAAACAACUGAAAUGGCCAUGUUAUGGCAAAGUUAAAAGGAGCAUUUAGCCUUAUUUUGUCAAGUAUGAGGCUUGCUUUUAUGACUACAAGAUAAAUUUUAAUUCUACUGUAAUUUGAGGUCAAUUUUCAACUGUUUCAGUAUUUUUUUCUGUUGAAAAUGUGGUUGUCCCAAAGACGAGUCAUGUCAAAGGUUUGCACGUCCGAACUAAAAAAUUAAUUUUGUUCCUGUCCUAGACAAUCAGACAUAGGGUUUGCUACACCCUCAGAUGGAAAUUCAAUAUUUCCAUUUUUUUGUUAACCCUUAAGCCCCAAUAUCCACAAACAAAUUCUCCAAACUGAUCUCUAUACAUCUCCUUACAGAAUUAGUUGGGAGAAAUUGAUAAAAGAUCACAGUUUUUUCGCUUUGUGAUCAUUUGAUUAAUUCUCAAAGAUGUUGCACUUGACAAUCUAUGGAUAUUGUUAGGAGAAAAUUGAUGUUGGUCACUAUUGGGACUUAAAGGGUUAAAGUGGUUAAUGAAAAAGUAGUCUGGAAUUUAUUGGUGACUCGUGCUUGAUAAAUGUACUCCUUCUCUUAACGUUUUUUAUCAUUCUGCAGUUGCAUAAUAGGGGCAGUCACACUGCACCUUCUCUUCAGAGCUCCCCUCACGGAAAUAAUGGGAUGGGCUCUCACUCAGAUUGGUUUUUGAUCAUUCCACGUUUGUGGUUACAUGCUGACAACAACAAAGACAUCAACUUCAAUUGACAGCUUUCUUUUUCCCUUCCUUUUUUGCAACAGAUAUUGUUGCAAAAUGUGCUCCCACAAAACUCUUGGCUCCAAUGAAUUUUUGAGGAUUAUUAUGAAGCAUUGGUGGAAAGAAAACUUUCAAGUGUCUCAAGAUACUUUUGAAUUUAUAUUUAACAUGAAAGCAGUCAUAUUAAAUAGAUUCAAAAGCGGAAAUCCUCCCAUGUUUCUGAACUUCAGGGCUGUCACAAACGGCAGCACUAAAACACGGAAUCCGGAAUCCGGAAUCUGGAAAUGGAAACGGAAUCAUGGAAACGGAAUACGGAAUCUGUGAAAGAAGGUUCUAAGCGAUCGAUUUGAAAAAAAAUAUAUUAGCAAUGACAAUAAAAUAAAUAAACAGAUAAAAGAAAAAGACACAAAUGAAUAAAUUAGCUGAGUAGGGGAGAGGAGACUGCUGUAUCACUAGAGGAGUCGAUUCCGGUGAAAAGACUCUUGAUACCACUUCAGGCAAUAGUUGUGUAAUGUGAAAUUCUUUAAUUUUCUAUCAUUGAUAUUUGAUUCUGUAUUCCGUUUCCGUUUCUGUGAUUCUGUUUCCGUUUCCGGAUUCCAUGUUUUAGUGCUGCCCGUCACAAAGGCCCGGGUUCUAGGUCUUCCCUGGCUACUAUGAGCAAGACCCUAAGUUACUUUGAGAGGAAACAACAGGAAAAUAACAGAAAGUAAAGACCAUCCCAGCUGUUUCAAUUUCCUGCCAUCUCUGUAACUGCAAAAACCUGGCAACUCGAAAUCGUAGUGGCAGCCCUGAACUUUUAAGUCCAGUCAUGGGUAGGUAAAAUUGUGGACCGUAGUCUGAUUUAUUUCAAGAUGAACAAAGCACUCUCCAUAAGCAACACAUUAUUUCUAGUGCUUAGCACAUGUCCCUUUCUUAUGAUUGACUGAGCCAGUUUGGGUUUUUAUUUUUGCAAUUAACUACAUGUAGCUUAGUAACAUGUACCUCGGGAAUCCUUUUGUUCCUUUUGACUUAUGUUUCCCAUUGGGCACACAGUGAUUUACCCAAGGUAAAAUGGCUAAUGUAACCGCGCUUUUCCAUUAUAUGUCACUGUGUAAAGUUGCCAAUUGUGUAUACUUGCUGAAAAACUAAAUACUGAUCUAACUGAGUUGUCUUCUUCUUUUUGCUUUUUUGUUUUAGAGAAGAAAAAUUGAAAAAACAUGAUGUAAGUGUUAUUAUACAUGUACAGUAGAAACUCAGAUAACUUGAAUUCCCUACUAACUCAAACUACAUUUCCUUUCCUUUAAUCAAAAUUACAAGGACAAAUUUGAUUUCGAUCACUCUUAGGGCUGAAAACAUUUUGAAAACGUAGUGAACAGUAAAAGACAAGUAAAGGGAAGACUUGGUCAUGUAGUAGAAAUUCAUGUUUGCUGUUUGUCAUAAAUGUGACUCUAAAUUUCUCUAUUGAAUGCCAACUGGCUGGUUUUCUGAAACAGUAGGCUAGAAUGCCUCCUUUAAUUUUGAGCACUCAACGUUAUUGCUGUAAUGAAGGACCCGACAUGUUUGAAGGAAUUAUUGUACACAAAAAACUGUCAUUGCAAGCAUCUCUGUAAGCCAAUAUUAAACUCAUCACCAAUAGAUGAACUUGGGUGAUGGUGCCUGCAAGGCUGGUAGAGCUGAGCAAUGCUCUUGCCUGAAAAACUAUGGAGGAUUGUGGAUUUUUUUGGUGUCAAGUCUUUCUCUCUUUCAACUUCAUCAGGUUGGCGCCAUUAUAAUUACACCAACAAGAGAGCUGGCAAAACAGAUUGAUGAAGUUUUAAAGAAGUUUACAGAAGAUCUUUCACAAUUAAGGUUAGUUGCAUGACAGGUGAACAAAAAAUUAAUGUCACCAAAAAUAAGCUAUUAGCCUGUGAACAGGCUCCCAAGUGGAGCAAAGUGAAAAAGAAAAUAGAUGAGCGAAGCGAGUUGAGCAUGGCCUGAGUUAGAAAAAACGGCAGGGGCCCUGUAGACUGACCUGCUUUGACGCUGCCCAUCCAUGAUACCAGAUUCUGAUAUCAUGGUCUGAUUGGUCAGAUCACUCGCUGUUGACAAGUGAUUGAUGAGCAAUGAAUACCUGCGCGGGAUACCAACAUGCACAUGAAUGUUACUGGAGCUGAUGCAUUCAAGUGUAAAAAAAAAACAUCUUAAUUUGACAGGUCUAAUUACCUUACUGACAUGUUAUUGACAUAUGUGUUACAGGAUAAUAAUUAUUGCAAGUAAGCAGAUGGGUGGCAUCAAAACAAAGAAAGUCUAUAGGCUCCCCCGCCUUGGUUUGCCAAUUUUCUUUUCCAUCCCGGUCCAGUUGGGAGCCUUUUCGCAGGCUAAUAAGCUGUUGGAUAAGUGUGGUCAACUGUUCAACAAAACAUUUUUUGUAAAGAAAGUUUUUUCCUCGGUCUAUGAAAUUAAAUAGAGAAUAAUACAUGGUCGCGCGGAGAUAUGGAAUUUAUCUUCGAGUGUUCACAUCGAUAUCGAACGAGUGAGCGCAGCGAACGAGUGAGAUAUCGAAUGUGAACACGAGAAGAUAAAUUCCAUAUCUCCAAGCGUCCAUGUAUUAUUCUGUUUAUUAUAUAAACAUACUGAAGACGGCGUUUUUGAUGAUUUUCCGAAGAUUUCCGACCACCUUCCGAAGAUUUCCGAAGAUUUUUCAAAUUGUCCCGAAGACCAGACGAACGUUCCCGAACAUUUUCCGAGAAUUUCCGAAGAUGUCCGAAGAUUGCCGAGCACGUUCGAGGAAGACCCGAAGAUGUUUCGAUGAUACACCAACGAAUUUAAGUACAAUUUAAGAGACAAACCUGAUGUCAGUGAAAUUAUCGAUAUCUUCACAUGUGAAAAUAUCGUAUUUUUACGUGUGUUCAGAUACCACAUUUCUCGGUGGUAGAAAUCCUUGUAAAACACUGCAGUUUAUAUAAUAAAAGUAUAUAUUUUCAGUCAAACAAAGUUUAUGGGUGGCUUUGUUGUGGAAUAGUGGUUGGUUUUUUUUAGUUGAGUCAGUAAUAUUGUGGUCAUGAAAAAAAAAAGGCAAAAAGUGGAAGUGGUAGAAGCUAUAUUUGGAAAACAUCCAUAUGUCAGUACAAUAACUUUGAAAGCUACAGAAACAUAAAUAUUAAUGAUACCUGGUUAAAAGAGUUGUAAGGGUUAAUUUUAGACUUUCACACAAGUCCUUUGAAGUCACACAGUUCUGUUCUGUUGCUCCCUUGGGUAGUUCAAAAUGCUUGCUUGUGAGUGCUUUAGUUUUACUGACAGAAUUGCACCCUGUGUUACUGAUAUAAAAAGGUAAACUUGAUGCAAGUCUUUGGCUCCCCCACAUGCCAGCUGUUGUAGACUCACCGAAAAGCAGAAUUUGGAUGUGAGUAAAGGAGGGAGCUAACUUGGAAAGUGGCGAGUAGACCACUAAUUCACCAAGGGGCAAACUAACUGAUAUUCAUCACUGGAACCAAAAUAAAAUACUAGUUUUAGUCAUGAAUAAUUAGUUUUUAUAAUUAUUUGUACAACAUUUUGGUCUUGUCACAUUUAGUUCUACAUGUGGGUAUCCUGUAUCAUGGUAAUGCUCAUGAAUUUGCAUCCUAAAGUUUUAUGUUUUUUUCUGUUUGAGUCAGGCUUAAUACAGCUGCUGUAACUCAUUUUGUUUUUGUCUCUUCCUUGAAACUUGUUUUAUCUUUAUUCUUUUUUAGACAGUUGUUGCUUAUUGGGGGAGCAGAUCCCUUGGAAGAUAUACAGAAAUUUAAGUCAGAAGGGUGAGAAUGUGCCUGGAUAAUUAUUAAUUGUGUAUAAAUCUUUCAUUGGAGAAAUUAACAGUGGCUUAUUGCCACACAUUUGCAGAGUAUUGAAGAUGGGUACCUGGAAUGUCUGGGACCUCCACUGCAUGUACUUGUCAUAGGCCAGGCCACAGACAGCUGUUCUGUUGGCUUGCAAUUCCCACAACACAGCCAUGAUCUGUACACUGAGUCAUCCUUGCUCCAGUCCUGAUCUGGCUGGUGUUGACAGGUGGAAAAGGAAAAGGAUAGGGAGAGGAGGGGGGGCAGAAAUGGAAUUAUGCUGAGCAGACAAUACAUUUAUUGCUCCACAAAAAUCCUGCCUUGCUUUGAUACCCUGAACUAUGCUUAAUCAUGCAGCUAGAAUGAGGGGUGCUCAGAGUAUUCUCCAGUGUUCUGUUCCACAAAACGCCCUAGACUCAAUUUAUAUGUACAGAACUUGUCCUGAGCUGAAGGGUCACCCUCCCAGCCGAGACAACUUGAGUGAGCGUCUAUAUGAGAAAAAAGUUGACUCCUCUGCCAGAGCUAACAGUGCUAGCACAUGCUCUGAUUGUCUCACCUUGACUGAAUUGUAUGGAGAAAAAGUUGACCCAUCAAGGGGGGUGACCCUACCAUCACAAAAGGGUGACCCAGCUAGGUGGGUCACCUUUCUAGCCUAGCCAACUUUUUUGUUUCUCAUGUAAAUGAUUUGCCUCGUUUUGGAAGGAAAUGCAUAAAAAACUGACUCUCCCAGGGUAUCUCAGGUCCAUCCUUCUACCCAGGAUGACCCUUCUCUGUAGGGGCCCUUAAAACAUCUGUGCUGCUCUGUGUUGUUAACUCAGUUAAUACGCAUGCAACUACGUUUAAAGAGAUCAACCACCUUAGCUUAUUCUCUUUCUCCAUUAGACCACCAAGAUCUGAUGUGGAAAAAAAAUAGACUGCACCAAUAACAAACUACUGUUAAUAAGGAAAAACUAUUUUGUAAAGUUUAGUUGCAUUUAAUUUAUGGUGUACUUCUUUAAUAGGGGUCACAUAAUUGUUGGAACUCCAGGAAGACUGGAAGAUUUAUUUGCUAGGAAAAAGGAUGGAUUAGAUCUCGCUGCUCAUGUAAGAUCACUGGUAUGUACAGCUGACAACAAUAAGAUUUGCAUGUAGUGUCUUUAUGAGAUUAGCUAGCAUUAUUGAUCAGUCUCCUCUACUAACAGUGUUUUACAAGUAGACUUCAAAAAAUUUGCCUCUUGACUCAUGUAAGCACCCCUUGGACCCCCACGUAUUAAUGAAACUACUGACUAGCAGUAGCUAGAUUUUAACUUUGCCUAAAUUGCAUUUAGACACACUCAAAAAACUUGCAACCUGCAUUGAGGUGUGGUUAAAUGUUCUGUUAUUGCAAACUUCUUUGAUUUGAAUGCCACAACCUGUUUUUAUUUCUAAUAGGAAGUGUUAGUGCUGGAUGAAGCUGACAGAUUGCUUGAUAUGGGUUUUGAAGCAAGGUACAUGAGAAAGCCUUUGUUAUGUACUACAGGGAUUAUUUUAGAAAUAUCUGGCAAACAAUAGAAUAGCUAAAGGACUGGAGCCUACUUAAGUAUUUUAACUUAACAAAUGAAUGUGCAAUGUUAAAACAGCUUUUCAGAGGCUUCCAUGUACGUAACUUGCCUGCAUUAGAUCAUAUACAUAUGUGAAUUUGCAUAUUAUUAUUAUUAGUCUUCAAUCUUGGACAAAAAUGUUGAUAAAAAUGGAUAUAAUCAUGUCUAGUUUCAAGAUAAAGCUCUUGAAAGCACUGGCAACUGCAAAUACUCCCCCUUACCCCAAAAGACGGUAACCACUAUUACCAUAAAUGUACAUGAAUUAUUACUACAACUGUUUUUCUUUUUUUUACAGUUGUAUUUAGGAGCUUAUGGUAAUAUUUGUUACAGUGAUGUCAUUGUGCAUCACUCCACUAAUUUGAAAACAAAUUAAAGUGGGAAAAUAAAUGCCACCCUCAGUUGUUGUGCAUGGACUAAACAGUUAACAGUUAGUUAAAUUAGGCAAUCAAUAACAACCUGUUCUAUCUUCCAGCCUAAAUGCCAUUUUGGGGUUUCUUCCAAAGCAAAGAAGAACGGUAAACUACUUUUUGUACUUCACUGUUUAUUUUAAGAUUUCAAACUCAUUGUAAUAAACUGGUGUUAAGUUUUAACUGUCACCUUUUCUUAGAUUAAUGAGAUCCUCGAAAUCACAAGCCCUAUAUAGCUAGCAUUUCAAAUCCCAUUAAAAACAAUUUUCAGCUCCUUGCCCAGAGGUCAUGGGAAAAAUUUCACUGGAACCCAUAUCCUAAAUGUUUUUGAAGUCAUGUAUUUUUUUCUUGUCACUGGAAGCCUUAGACCUGAGUACCUGCAAUGCACUUUGGGAACGAUUCAAGAUGUUAGACAAUAGAAAACUGAUAGAUGUUAUACAACAUUUUAGUUUCGUACACAGUGUACAUGUAUUAUAAGCUGCGUCAGAACUAAAGAAUUGCUCUACUAGUUAAGAAUCUGAGUGGAAAAAUAGUAAACUGGGAAACUAUUUUUCGGUUCCCUUAUUUUAAGACCGAGGCAACAACAUGGUACCGGAAAUUAUUGUUUAGAAGUAACCAUGAACUCCUAGGGCUUGAAAACACUUAUGUUUGUAUGCAUCAAUCUUCAGUUGAUGAUGCUUUGUUACUUUAAAUACAGGGCCUUUUUUCUGCUACUCAGACUGAUGAGGUUGAGGCUUUGGUGAGAGCAGGACUCCGGAAUCCAGUCAGAGUUACAGUGCGAGAAAAAUAUUCCAAUUCUAAGGUGUGUAAAACCACCAGGCUUUUUGCCUGUUAUCUACCCCAGCCAUGGAUUUUUGAAGGCGUUCAAAAACUUAGAUCUUACUUAUUAUUAAAGAUCUCUCAUUUGAUAAGUUUUGCUUUUUCACGAUGGCCAAAUUUUAUGUGACAAAACAUGGGAUACAUCAGUCUUAGAUUAGGAUGGCUUUGUAAAUCCAGGGCCUAUUGGAAGAGCAAUUACUCUCAUAGGCUAUACUUAAUUAGCAAUUAAUGAAUGCAGCUGAGUAGGAUAUGAAGAAUUAUCAAAAUCGAGGAGGGUGUUAUCGUGCAUGGUUGAAGAUAAAGGGCUGUUCAGGUCUGCAAAUAUACUCCAAGUAGCAGAUGCUGUACGUUGAGUUGUCUUCAACAAAAAAAAUUUUCCGGCCCUUUGGGCCUCGGCUUGGUCUAAAAAUAAGGGGGGGCCUGGGCCCCUGGGCCCCUCCCCUGGAUCCGCCACUGCCUUAAAUCUCUCUAUUGUUAAGUACACUCACUGUCUAGGUAUCAAGGUUGGAAAAAUUGAAAGCAUCUAAGAAUUAGUUUCGUUAAAUCCCAUCUGUGCUCUGUUGUAAUAACCAGCCAACAGAGUUUGGAUUAAGAAGAUAGUAGGAGCUGAAUGGAUGGUUGGGGACAAUCUCUCAGUAACUUAUGAUACUCUGCUUAAUUCUCCUUCCAAAUUGAAUCAAUUGUAUAUUGCUCACAUCUUGCAAAUAUGGUAAGCACCAGUUGGUUAUGAAGAAUUAACCGGGGGAUUGGAGCCAAUCACAAACAGAAAAAUAUUUUGAAUGAAUAAUAAUUGUCAUUACUUUAAUUUAUUAAAAAAAUUAUAAUAAUAAAAAAGUUUUGAUUGUAUUGAAAUAUUUAUUAGUGUUAGUGAGUAAUCUGUGUGCAAUAUGUUUCCACCAGUCAGAACAGAGGACACCCCAUACAUUGAGGAACUUUUACACGGUAAGUUGACCAUAACUUGACCAUAAGAGGAAAUAUAGGAUUACAGACCCUAAAUUUUGGAAUGUUGCUGGCAAUCCUAUCCCGAUGGCUUUUCCAGACAGUUCUAUGGAGAAAAUCCUUAGCUAGUCUUGCAAAACACAAUUUAAUUGGUAGAAAACUAUAAAAAUUUGAUACCUGCUGAGAUUCUGAGAACCUUGUUUUAACUCCUGUGCUAACAGCAAAAAGUUCACUACUCUGAGACAGGAAGAAAUGAGAGAAAAAAAAAGAGACUUCCUUUGUUAAGAUUUCAUAUGAAAAUUUUCUGAGACCACAAUUUUGUAGGUAUAUUUUCCCUCAUAAUUUAACCUUUUGUCUCCAAUAUCAUUAUACAAAUUUUUCUAAUUAGCCACCAGAAAUUUCUCAUAUCAUUCAUCGGGUAACUUGUUAAGAGAUCAGUACAAAAGGUUUUUACCGUAUGUUUUUAGUGUUGUGUUCCGGGUUUUUGUCAUGUUUUGAGUCGCUUGAAGCUAACAUCCCCUACCCUCGUUUUAUUAUGUAUUAGUCGGGGGGUGUCAACUCAAAACGCCACAAAACGCAGAACACGAUACUAAAAACAUACGGUAAAUUAUCUUUAUUCAUAUUUCUUACAUUAUAUCAACAAUUGGGAUCAAAACGUGCAAACGUCUGUGUUUUAUGCAGCAUUUCUCCCGAUCACUUAAAUCAAGCCGAGAGCAGCCGUUACGAAAUACAUGCAGUAAAUGUAAGAGAUCACAUGUCGGGCGUGACAUCACGAUGCCUUGAACAGUUGGGGUAAAGUGGACACUGUUUGAAUAUAGUGAACACUGUUUUAGGAGUAUUUUAUUAAAGCAUUGAAGGUUCGCCUGUUCUUAAACAGAAGGUUCUGCAUCAUUCAUCGUUAAUGUCGGCACUAUGACAUGGAUGUGUGAUGUAAAACUGUGACUGAUUAGUAUGGAUUCCUUGCUUCCAAAAAAAUGAAAAAAAUUUCCCCUCCCCUGGUAAAAUCAAAGCUCCCCUAAAGGACAUUGUCUGCCCUCAGUGAGCAACCUUAUACAGUCCUGACCUCUAUGAUAUGGAUACUUAUAUCUGUUCCUUUCGUGCGCACAUUAAAGAUGUUUGAUUUAAAUCUUAUUUGCAGAUAUGCGAAAGUGACAGGAAGUUCUCAAGAUUAGUAGCUUUUUUGAAGGCAAGAAAGGUAUUGAUCUUUUGGGUCAAAUGCCGAGUUUUGUGCAACCGGUUUCCCAAUUGAACUGUACAAGUAUGUCUUUAAAUGCGUCAAGACAGAAUACACUUUUCAGUGUUUGCUUCUUACAUUUUACAGACCUGCAAGAGUAUGGUAUUUUUCAGCACCUGUGCCUGUGUUAAUUAUUUUUCAAAGGCUCUUGAAAGGUGAGUUUGAUGUCGUGGUAGCCCUAAAAUGGAGCAUUAGUGCUUAACCAGCCUAGUCAGAUACGUUUUGAAAUUUAAGACUAGUCACCCAAGGUGUUUUCCCCGCUAUUUCUUCAUGAAAGAAGACUUUUUUAAUUUUAUGCACGAGAUCAGAAAAUUGCACAGCCAAUAACAGUUUUUGAGUUCCAGUAGACUUGCUUAAAAAAAACAGAUUCAAAGUCACGAUCCCAAAAAGCGGUUAAAGAACCUAGACCCCUGGUUCCCAGUUAUCAGUUCUUGUUACCCUGAAACAGCAAGAGGAUAGACCCUGGUAACGAAGUCACGGAGUUUUUUUACCUGAUAACUUUUGAGACCGAGGAACUUUUAAUGAGUACAGCUUAUUUAAGAGCGGAUGUCAGUAAAUAUCGACCAGAGGUCUACAAAAUUGAAAAAUCGAAAAUUCUCAAAAAAAUUCACAAAGUAGCACUAGGUAAGCUAUUAACAUAAAUGUAAUUUUUACUUCGAUCCGAUAAUUAUUUUCCACGUACGGGGGGGUUAUUGGUUUCGCGGCUCUCGGAACGGGUUUUCCAGGGCCGAGACCAUGUGUCACAAAAAAAUCGUUUUAAAAUUCAAAUCCAUUGUAAUGUGGACAACAAAUAACUUUUUCAGAAGAGUACUUAAUUGCACACAUUCUAAGUGGUGAUUUACUCAGUUUGAACGAAAGUGUAAUAUUUUGGAGAUUUUUCAUUAUUUUCAAUAUUUUGAACGUUUUCGUUCAAUGAAAAAAUGGCAAAUUUCAAAGCCCAAAAUCGUCGACUGGUACCUCGAUUUCAGUAACGAGUCUUAUACCACGUUAAAGAGCGUUAUCUCUUCUUUCAAAAUCUGUUUUCAAAACUACGGGCAACUUAAAAGAAAAUUUUUGAGGCCAAAAAAUACAAGUAGUACUUUUCUGAAAUUUGAGCUUUCCAGACGCGGCGGGCCGAUGCUAAAAACUUGGAAAAAUACAGUAAGAAAUCAGUUUGAGCAAUAGUGGUUUCAUGUUAUCAGCUUUCAGAAACCAAGACGUGUUUAUACAGCGAUCUGAUAUAAAUUAAUGCCGUUUGCUAUCAAGAAAGGCAGAUUUAAGCUGUCAACUCCUGCCAAGUGCACCAGUCACGUGAAGUUGUCAAAGGGAGGGCAAAGCACUAAUAUUAAAAAGUCUUAAAAUUCAAAACGUUUUACGUCCAUGAAAUCAGAUUUUAGCGUACAAAACAAUGUUGUGAAUGUCUGUUGUUCGUACCUUAGCAUGGUGUUUCCAUAUAUUGGAAAUGUCAAGUAUCCACACGGGAGAACAUACCAAACAACAACGUUUCAAAUCCAAGCGCCGAAAGAUCGUAAACGGCAAAGAUUGCGUUACAUUUCACAGAACGACCGCUUACCACUGUUGUCACUCCUUUUUUCGCUGGAAGCUACGAGGAGUUUUCAUUCCGUCAUGAGUGAUUCUUGAUCAGCGUUUCCUUGAAAGUACGACCCCGGACAGGUGAUAACUGAGGACGUUUCGUCAAGACUCCUGUUGUUCAGUUUCAGGCUUUAGCAGGUGCGUAGUCAGGAUUUUUCCGGAGGUACGCCCAACUUUUUCUACAUCUUCUUCCCCCCCCCCCCCCCCCCCCCCCAAAUCUCAACAUUUUUUUAAGGUGCCUUUAUUAAAGGUGGGGUUAACGGUUGUAAGCAAAAGCAUUUUUGCUGUUUAUGAAAUGACACAACCUCUAAAAUUCUUUAAUUCUGUCGGCUUGUUAUGUUCAUUGACGUCAACCGUUUAUCAUUAAUUCAGCUAUUAAAAAUCAAGCUUGUAGUACCUCCGACUUUAGUUUACAAAUGACUCUUUUUACCCCUUUUUGUCACAUUAUUUUUGACCGACAAAAGCACCACACAUUGACGUAAUUGUGCCCUACUUCGUCUACUCCGAAGACAGGUCGUGGAGAAAACAACGCGUUCACGCUUUACAUCAUCAAGCUUGCUAUAUAAAUAAAUCAUCCAAGAUUCGGUUCUCCAAUUAAUGUCGUCGCUUCUCUGGAAACCGAUUUUUUUUAGUUAUGUUUAUUUCAUUCUAUUUUUUUUCCUCAACGUUUUCGGGUACGCACGUGCAAACCGUGCGUACAAGUAGCUACGCCCCUGUUUAGUCUCCUUAGCCCUGAGCGUUCCUCUCUUGCGGUUUUCGCGGGAGUUCAGAAUGUGGUCCAACCAGUAUUUCACGUCUCUUUUAAAUGAGAGGCAGCACUUCUUGUUUACCGUUUCGUUAUCAGACAGCGCUUAGGCUCUUAGCCUUUCAUUUAAUUUUGAUCAAAUUUUUAUCAUUUAGUUACUCAGUAUACGUUCGAUCCUGUCCUUGUAAACUUAUACUUUUAUACUUUAAGGGAGCUUAAUACCUAUAUUAAUUUUUUCUUCGUUUAGUGUCGUCCAAAAGACCCAGUUUUUUGGCAUUUUUUAAAAAAGCAAGAAAAAGAAACGACAAGGUUUAUUUUUUUUGGACUUAGAUUAAUUCUUUUAAUCUAAAAAAUUAGCAUUAUAACAUCAUUUCGAGGCAUAAAACGUUCGGUGGUGUAUCCUCUUUGCUUUUUACCCUUUUUGGGCCUUUUUUUUUUGAAAUUGACCAUCAAAUUUUCCGCCAUAUUGAGUUUGUGUCGAUUUGGUGACCAUGUCUUGUUGUUUUCAGUCUCCACGGCAAUGAUGCUGGUGUUUCAGGCCUCCCGUUCUCAGAUUUCUUGUGAUUUUUUUUUUCACCCCACCGACCGACCCACCCAAAACCAGGAAACCUAUUCGACGCUAAACGAACGAAAAGGGGAUGACCUAAGCCUUAUGGUUUCUUUUUGGGCUUCCUCACCACAUUGCUUCUGCGUGUUUCUGUAUACUUGUCUUUUGCUUUGUUUUGUUCUUUUUUGUCGGUAAAAUAAACUGAAACUGUACAAAGACCCUCAAUAUUCCCUUUGGAGGUUCUCGAACGCGCAUAAAAAAAAUGAAAAACGCGAUGAUUUAUUGACCGCAAGGGCAAUGGGGUGGGGUUAGGGCUCGUUACUGCGCUCCGGUUCACUCGUACGCUGUCAAAUGGUCCCGAAAUACAAAAUGAAAAAUGACUGUGGACAGACUAUUCACGUCUAGACAUCAAGCAUCUUUUAAGAUGGGACUUAUCGCCUCUCCCUGUUCAUGGAGUUGAUUCAAGGUGUUGACGUUAAUUUCGUGAUGCCCUGCAUGUUGCCAGGACAUGUUUCAAAAGGGCCUUUCCAAAGGUACGGAGUCCGCCGUCACCUUGUCAACCGUGCGAGAAAUGAUGUACUUCACAAAAACAAAGAGAAGUUAUUUUCGAUUUGCCCCGCCCCCUACCCCCGAAAGUCCCCGACAGGACCGCUUCAAAGUACUCCCCAUGUGGUUGCGCGGGGGAUAGUAACAGGUCUACCUAAUUGCACCGUGCAUCAAUGACAGUUUAGCUCAAUCAGAAGCCCCUUUUCCCUGGCUAGUUCAAGGUGUGUGCACCUCCUUUAAGCUGUUGUUUUCGGUUCUUACUGAAAUUUUUGAUCUUGAGGAAAUUCACAACGACAGGAGCAGGUUAUGGGCUUUUUUCCUAGCCCUAAUCCUACAUCACGGGAAAUCCCUCAGGUUAGGCAAGAAUUCGAUAAUCCUUCCAUAAUCAUCCAUUUUUUCACCGCGUGAAUUGGGUAUUUUUAGCUUAUUUCGAGGAAAUACUUUUUGCUUCAAAUCCAGGGUGGGCUUUUAAACACAUUUUUUAAGCCAAAUGGUUUUUGCGAGAAUCUGCUUACCCGAACUUUUCGCAUAAAAAACGACAAAUACCCGAAAAAAGCUCAUGUUGUUGGUGGUGGUGGCAUAUUUCCGAUAAAUUCAGCUCAAUGUCUCGUGAAGAAGAGUUCAGAUCCGUGCCGCGCGCCUCUCGAGGCAAGCGUUCCGUCGAAAUGCGAGCCCAAAAACAGGUGGUAAGCGGUCAAUCUGUGAAAAGUAACGCAAUCUCCGUCGUUUGAGAGCAGCCGAAGAUGCUCUUGCCGAUGCUGUCCUUGAUGUUUUUUAUUUCCAGUAUCUAGGAAACCCAUGCUAAGGUAUGAAACAUACACUCGUAGGCAUUGUUCUGUCCGCUAAAGUCUAAUUCCUGGACGCAGAAACGUUGUGCUUUUUGAAGUUUAUUAUUGUGCUUUGCCCUUUGACAACCUUACGUCACUCGUGCGUUUGGUAGCAGAAGAUGGCUAAACUCUGCUUUUCUUGUUGGAAAACGGCUUUAAAUUUUAUCAGAUCGCUCGAUAAACACGUGUUGGUUUCUGAUAGCUGAUAACGUUAAAUCACUGUUGCUCAAACUGAUUUCUUAUUGCAUUUUUCUGAGUUUUUAGCAUCGACCCGCUGAGUCUGGAAAGCUCAAAUUUCAGAAAAGUACUACUAGUAUUUUUUGGCCUCAAACAUUUUCUUUUAAGUUGCCCGUAGUUUUGAAAACAGAUUUUGAAAGAAGAGAUAACGCUCUUUAACGUGGUAUAAGACUCGUUACUGAAAUCGAGGUACCAGUCGACGAUUUUGGGCUUUGAAAUUUGCCAUUUUUUCAUUGAACGAAAACGUUCAAAAUAUUGAAAAUAAUGAAAAAUCUCCAAAAUAUUACACUUUCGUUCAAACUGAGUAAAUCACCACUUAGAAUGUGUGCAAUUAAGUACUCUUCUGAAUAAGUUAUUUGUUGUCCGCAUUACAAUGGAUUUGAAUUUUAAAACGAUUUUUUUGUGACACAUGGUCUCGGCCCUGGAAAACCCGUUCCGAGAGCCGCGAAACCAAUAACCCCCCCGUACGUGGAAAAUAAUUAUCGGAUCGAAGUAAAAAUUACAUUUAUGUUAAUAGCUUACCUAGUGCUACUUUGUGAAUUUUUUUGAGAAUUUUCGAUUUUUCAAUUUUGUAGACCUCUGGUCGAUAUUUACUGACAUCCGCUCUUAAAUGGUUUGACAGAUAUUGCGCGUUGGUCUUGUACCCGUUCCAUUCUUUUUUCCAAGCCUUGUGACUUUUCACUAAAUAACAUCUUAGGUGAAUAAAAGACUUACCUUUUAAGUUUCUCUUUUUAUUUAUUUAGAUAUAUAUUUAUUAUGUAACAUUUGGCCAAAUGUCAAAGGAAGAUGUUAAGGAAAUAUCUCAAUGUUUUAUAAUAUUUGGAUAUUUCUUCCACGCAUCAUCCAGUGGGCGCGUUGGAUUUGUGAUGGUAGGGAGGUGCAAACUUGGCUGGGGUCGUAGAUUAACCCUACCUCCGUCCCUAUCUGGAGUAACCCCACUGAGGGGUUACUGUUCCCUGAUUAACCCUUUCACCGCCAGAGUGCUUGAUUGAGUUGGAAAUUUGGUCGAAAUUUGCUUUUGGCUAAAUUUGGCAGUGAAAGGGUUAACACAGUGGGGUCGAAACCACCCUAAGGCUAUAACUGCAAACAAUUGUCAUUGCAGACUUCUCACAAAUGUCAAUGUGCUGUCCAUCCAUGGAAAAAUGAAAUCCAAAAGACACAAAGUUUUUGAUUCAUUUAGAACGUUAUCAAGGUAAGUAAGGUAGGAAGUAGUCUUGUACAAACCAAUGAUAACUGAACGAAACACAAGAACAUGAAACAUGAGAGCAGUAAAAGUUGUUCGUGAGAAAAAAAGGGCAAGAUUCCAGAACCACAGAAAGUGUAGUUCUGCGACGUGAUAUUCAAGUCAAGUCAUUGUGGGGUCCUUACAGAAUGGCCCUCAAAUACAAAAACAUGCUCUUAAUGCCAGACUCGGGCUUGCUUGAGAGGGGUACCAUGGCAAGCAUAACUGACGAAAAUGGAAUGAGCUCCAUACGACGAAACGACUGGCCAACAGCACUCUCUGAUGUUCACAUUCUUUCAGAGAACCAUUUGAUUCCUCAAUUUUUAGUUAAUGAAAUUAUGUUUAUGUUUAAUUUAUGUAAUAUUUAAUAAACCAUUGUCGUACUCUUGACGAUGAACUGAAAUGGCUUGUAAAUGAAGGGGUUGGUUUCUUAGGAAACUUAGCGAGCUGCGACAAUGGGAAGUGAAACUCAAAACAGUUUUUGGUUAAGUAGCCUGUAGUCGAGGCUUAUGUUUUGAAAUCGUUUAGUAAUAAAUCCAUGAUUGUAGUCCUAAAUGCACACCGCAGAAGCACUGACUUCAUUGAUAAAUGGGCAUGAUACUAUAGGUGUUGUUAAUGAAGUCGGUGUACGUGAAGGUAAUUAUGCAUCUGUUAUCUCUUUAUGGUAUCUCCUGCAUUAGCGUCGACUGCUGGCUAGCUCCAGACCGUCGUUUGUGAUCUCUCUGUGCGGUGUUGCUUUUCUUUUUUUCAGUGGUGUUCUUGUAUGUACAGACGUCAUGGCCAGAGGAGUAGACAUACCAGAAGUGGAUUGGGUCGUUCAGUUUGAUCCUCCAAGCAGUGCUAAGUAUGAAUAUGUGCAUUCAGCUUUUGUUAUGAAAUCCACGAAAUGUUUCAGUUCCAAACAUCUUACGGCCUUAAGAAAAAGAAAUCUUUUUGUCUCAGCCCUCCAAACAUGCGUUGUUCGGCUCAUUAAAAAAAACAGUUUAAGACAUCAUAUUAAAGAUUAAGAUCAAGAGAAGUUCCUCGUUUUCCUUGAAGUGAACUGAACAGCGAUUCCACUAUCGGGCAUAAUAAUCUUCUUGUGUGACAGAAAGCUUCAGAAUCAACGCGUUUUGCGCUUACUUGGUUGUCUUCACUAUUGUAGUUGAAAAUCUUAGAUUAAUACAUAUGAAAUUACGAUAGGCCAUUUUGCAACCAGCAUAAUAUUUGGUAGGUCACGUGCAGAAGUAGUGUGUCCAGCAAUUCAAUUAACUUAGUAAUACUGAAUAGAUGCGUCUGCUUUCUAACGAAAUUGUUUUCCCGCUCUUGGUGCCCGCCAUCUGCAUUUGCUUCAAGAUUUGAUUGUUUAAUUGUCUGUUAGUAUUCUACUUUGCGAGAGCAAUCAUUUUGAUUUUGGUUUUACUACACUCCGUGAAAACUGCUCUAAAAAUUCUCAUUGUGCAUGGUAUGAGCAUUUCUACCUAUGUCACUUUACAGUGCCUUUGUUCAUCGCUGCGGAAGGACGGCAAGAAUUGGCAACCAAGGUAAUAUUCCACAUCCAAAACCCCAUCCACAUUAACAGAAAUCUGUUAAUGGGUCAGUUGGCUUGUCACGUCGGCAUGUUGGGUGUACUCAGUUUGCCUUGAGUUAAAACAACAGGAAGUUUAAGAUUAUACUUAAGUGGCUUGUAGUGACAAGCACUUCGCUUUCGUAAUGAGCUUCUGGAAAAAAAUGGUGUGGAAAUUUAACAUAAAAGUUUUACGUUUUUAAAUUUUAGGAGGAAGACCAAUUGCUAUUUUGUACGUGUGACCAAGACAAAUGUUGAAAAAUUGGUCCUUAUACAAGUCAAGACCGUAUAAGUCCAGGGAGACUUUUGCUAAAGACGCAUCGUUUUCUAAUCCGUCAAUAUGACCGCUUGAGAAUGCUUCCACCAGUACUGGAUAGGGGUUACCUAGAGUACCCUCUCUUGCAAAAGAAUCAGUUACGAUGCAUAAAAAUGCUCUUGAAUGCUUUUGCUCUUUUAAGAAGCAAGCAGCUUUUUAAGAGGCUUUGUCACGGCCCUGUAGUUCAUUCUGUAACCGUUAACGAAGAAUUACUUGUCAAUGACAAAAUGAUACCUUAAUGCCCCCAAAAAUAUGUUUCUCAAGCAUUAUAUCAAACGUUACAAACAAAAUAAUUAGGUUUGUAAAAACUGUUCAGUAGACUUUAAAGUUUUCAAAACCCACGAGUGCAAUCCGUUUGGAUCUUCAAGUUUUUUUUCAUCCCUGCCUUUUUUUGUUUGUGCUGUUAUUUAUUCCCUAUUUUUUGUCUUUUAACGGCUUGAGCGGUGAUUUUAAUGUUUCUCGCAGUUAGUGGAAGUUCUUAUUGUUUGAAUUUUGAUAAAUGUCGUGACGUACUGUUGUAAAAAACGAGCAGGAGUGUAUUCUCGAGGUGAAGCCGAGAGUUUUUAAACCUGAUAAUACACGCCUGCGAGUUUUUUUGAACGGAUUCAAAAUCUCUAAUAUGGAUCAAAUCAUUCUUGCAGAAAUAUUUAGAUUUGAGGUUAUUUUGGUCUAAAAAGUGGACGUAAAGUUUAGCCGUGUCCUUAUCAGAUAUGAGGACACUCAUGAAACAUUAAUUUCUUUUGUUUUUUUUCUGUUUGAAUUAUUAAUGAGUUUUUGAAACAGUCCGUAAAGUGGAACGAUUUGUUGAACUUCGUCUUCUAGGAAAUGCUUUGUUAUUUUUACUUCCUGCCGAGGAGUCUUAUGUAGACUUUAUGUCUAUUAACCAAAAGGUAUGUUGAGGUUCUCGCUUUGUUGUGUUAAUUCUAACGCGACUUGGGACUUGAAGAUUUUGUGCUAAAAGAGCAAGAUAUAGCCUCAGAAAACAGCCGAAAUCUAGUUUCAUUGCGAAAUGAGCUGAGAAACGAGCGCUACUGAUGACGCGUCACUACCCAGAUCUGGGUGGUGCCUUUGAUUGGCUGAAGCAAAUUUUCCGCGCGGCACGGCCAAUCAGAAGCACUGCCCAGAUCUGAGUAGUGACGCGUCAUCAGUAUGGAAUAUCUGCGCUUCAGUCAUUACGCGGAGAAACCAGUGGUGGCGUCGCGAAAUGUUGGCUUUAGCCUGCGAGCAAGCUCUCCUAUUUGGGCCAGUGACACAAGUCUCGCGAGAACGCGCGAGGGCCCCUCGCUCGCGCGUUCUCGCGAGGCUCACUUCGCUUGCCCAAAUAGGAGAGCUUGCUCGCAGGCUAUGUCGGCUUUUUCAGGCUAAGCAAGAUAACGUUGAUUUCUUUUCUGUGUCAUCCUCUAGAAAUUAAAAACAGUUAGAAACACCCUUUACUGUGAGAGUCAGUUAUGUGUGGCAUCGUAUUGCGUAAUAUCAAAAAGGCUGUAAAUAUAGGGAUAUGUAUGUGGAACUCCUGUAGCAUAUUUAAGAAGAUAACUAUACGCACAAUUCUUUUAAAAAGUCGCACCUUAUCUUCAUGAUUUCCUGAUCCUCAGCGAUUUAAGCGUUCCUUUGUAUCCCAUUUUUCCCAUCAAAUCCCUAUAAUUAAUUGCAGCAGCUUAGAUAUUACAUGAUAAUCCGGUACUGUACUUUAGCCUAACCGACUCUCACACUGAACUUGAAUGUCUGUGAAAUGGCAUGAAGCAAGGUAUAACAGGUUUUAAUAACUUUCUUAUCUGAAGGACACUGCGUACAUUUCUUUGUGAUGGUUGUGGAUAGAACGUGACCAAACGUCUUUACCUUGCGUCCAAACAGGUACCUCUCGACUUCUUGGAAAUAGAAGAUAAUUCUGUGGACGCCACACCUAAGUUAAGGAAAAUGGCGUCUAAGGACAGGUAGAUGAUUCGUUUUUUAAUCCUAUCCGAUAUGAUGUUUUUGGUUGAAUUUUAUAGUUUAACUAGAAUGGCUUGGAACGUAUUGUCUAAUGCUGUUGUCUUGCUCGGGCAAAACCAUUAAGGCUCUCACUCGCAUCUCCUUCCGCGUGGGGCCCUCGCCUGUCUUCUCGCGACUCCCCCAAAUAGAGACUUUGCUCGCUGGCUAGAGGAGUACGACCUGAAUUUAGACUCCACUUACUAGUUGUCAGUAUAAGUUCCCCCUUCUGAAGCUUGCGUUGUAAACAUUAUCAAAGCGAAAUACAGACUUACAAAGACAUGUGGUCACAUACCGUACAGAUUCCAUCCUGUACUUUAUAGAACUACUCCCUGCCACUUGUAUAUUCGCAAAUUUAUUUAUCGAGCGUUUCAUUUCUUUGUUUUAGGGAUGUUUACGAAAAGGGAAUGAAGGCAUUUGUUUCGUUUAUACAGUUCUACAGAAAACACGAGUGCAGUCUGAUCUUCCGAUCAGCGGGUAAGAAGAUAGCGUAAACUUCCGCUAAAAAGCCCUUGGCUUUUUACAACUUUGUGACGGGUUUUAGGAGGGCUAAUAUGCUGUUUCAGUAGCAAGGGUGGCACAGUAGGUUAGUGCGCGGCCUUCGGUGUGCGAGGUCCCGAGUUCGAUCCCCAGUGAAAUCACAUCCUUGUUUCAACUUCUCUCCUUUAUGUUUAGCUUUGACUAGCUUUAAAAACCCUUAAAACGGAGCAUUGAUGGAGAGNAAGGCUCUCACUCGCAUCUCCUUCCGCGUGCGGCCCUCGCCUGUCUUCUCGCGACUCCCCCAAAUAGAGACUUUGCUCGCUGGCUAGAGGAGUACGACCUGAAUUUAGACUCCACUUACUAGGUGUCAGUAUAAGUUCCCCCUUCUGAAGCUUGCGUUGUAAACAUUAUCAAAGCGAAAUACAGACUUACAAAGACAUGUGGUCACAUACCGUACAGAUUCCAUCCUGUACUUUAUAGAACUACUCCCUGCCACUUGUAUAUUCGCAAAUUUAUUUAUCGACAGUUUCAUUUCUUUGUUUUAGGGAUGUUUACGAAAAGGGAAUGAAGGCAUUUGUUUCGUUUAUACAGUUCUACAGAAAACACGAGUGCAGUCUGAUCUUCCGAUCAGCGGGUAAGAAGAUAGCGUAAACUUCCGCUAAAAAGCCCUUGGCUUUUUACAACUUUGUGACGGGUUUUAGGAGGGCUAAUAUGCUGUUUCAGUAGCAAGGGUGGCACAGUAGGUUAGUGCGCGGCCUUCGGUGUGCGAGGUCCCGAGUUCGAUCCCCAGUGAAAUCACAUCCUUGUUUCAACUUCUCUCCUUUAUGUUUAGCUUUGACUAGCUUUAAAAACCCUUAAAACGGAGCAUUGAUGGAGAGUGGGGGCUAAAAUGAGCGCACCGUCGACCUCAAGUUUUUUCAGCUAUUUCUGCCACGAGUUAUCGACGUAAAAUGUGGUUGCAAAUAUGGCAGAGAAAAACUUGUUCUUUAAUUAUAGCUUUUAUUUUGAUUUAAAAUUUAUAACAUAAAUAAUGUAGGUAAUACCUUGUACUCACGUGGGAAUACUGAAAUAAAGUUGUUGUUGGUUGCUUUACCUUCUUACCUAUUUCGGUCAGUAGGAGACAUAGAAAUAGUUUCUUCAAAUAGUACUUUAAGCACAUUUUCAAAUGCAAAUGAACAGAGACGAUAAACAAUAUAUAUAAAAAACGAAGGUAAGAAACAAUACCAUACAAUAGUAUUGUUUCUCUCCUCCAGUUUUAUAUAUAUAUAUAUAUAUAUAUAUAUAUAUAUAUAUAUAUAUAUAUAUAUAUAUAUAAGAAAUCUAUAUAAUAUCAAUAUAAUAAAGUUUAUCGUUUCUGUUCAAUUGCAUUUUGUAAUGGUGACUAUAAUGGUGACUUGUCACCACCGAAACGUCAUGUUUUUAUCACGCCAGUUUUUGCGUUUAAAUGAUUUACGAAAUCUUUUGUUGCCAGUCACUACUUUUAGCGCUUAUAGGACGUUUUCACUCGCGUGGCCAGCAUCUAUGCUAUAUAAUUUAUUGGAAGAAAAGAAAGUUUUUACAUAAGAACAGAAUUCAACGCCCACAGGAUUGUCUAGGUACACCAACAUGGCCGCCAUUCCAUUGUUUUGGAACACCAAUAUGGCCGCCGUGACGUCACGCUCUAUUCGUUGGCACUCAAAUAAAGUGUAUUGCUGGUCUCAUUAUAAGUUCCUACCAUUCAUACACUCGAUAGUUCUGAAUGAUUUGUUUGUGUCUUUUCGUCUAGAUUUAGAUCUUGGGAAGCUAGCUACAGGAUUUGGCCUUUUAAAAUUGCCUGUUAUGCCGGAACUUAAGGACAAAACAGUAGAAUUCGAGCCAGUGGAUGUCGAUGUUGAAAGGAUAUGCUACAAAGACAAAAACCGGGAAAAACAGAGAAAAAGAAAACUGCAGGAACAGCAGGACUGUAAGCAGAGUACUACGCCGCAGGCAAACACGAAAAGGAAGAAACCGGGGCGUGAUUCCGUGCCCUGGUCGAAAAACAAAGAAAGGAAAGUAAAAAGAGAGAAGAGAAAAGCACGUCGCGAGUUUUUGAAGAAGCAACGUCAAAAACAGCGACUUGAUGAAGAUGAACUUGAGGAUCUAGCACGUGAGGCCCGUCUCGUCAAAAAACUGAAGUCUGGAAAAAUUAGCAAAGAAGAGUUUGAGUGCCAACUUGGAAUUGAAGAUGAAGACACUUAAGGCUUUAUACCGUAAAUAGGCCACCUCAUUAGUGUCAGAUCUGGCGGCUGCGUGCUUUUGAGCCCAGAUAUACACUGUAAAUUAAAAAGAUCUGUUUCAGCCCCAAAGUGUCAAUUCAGCCCUGCAGGCCAAAGUCUGAUUCAGCCAUUUGGAGCCAUUUGAGCACAAUUUAGGCCAAAAAGGCUCUAUCAAAAGACUAUUCCAGCCCACGUUAGGGCCCAUUUCAGCCCUGGGACCAAAUCAGCCCUAGCUAAUUGGACUGUAUUGGCCCUGAUUUAAGGGAGCCAAAUUAGACCCAAACAUAGGACUGUAUUUUACUCACCGAAACGGCCCUGUUUUUAGGGCUAAAACAUAUCUUUCUGAUUUAGAGUGUAGUUAAACUUCCAUUAAGCGGCCACUCUUGGAGUACAGGCAAGUGGCCGAUUAAUGGAGGUCGGCCACUCAAUAGAGGCUCGUCUUAAAUUAGCAUAAUCUUUGGCAAAAACAUCACUGACUUUACUUCAAAACAAACGCGCGACGGGAGAAGCAUAACUGGUCCACAGUCGGUCGUCAACUUCUAUCUCGGACUGUAUUUUCCAUCAUCGUAUUCCUAGAAUGUAGCCAAACUAAGUCUAUCAAGCGUUUGAUAGCCGCUAACUAGAGAUGACAAUGGGAGAACUCUCGUUGGUACGGCCAAAAGGUGGAUGCGGUCGCUUAAUAGAGGUUUAUUUUCCCAUUCUUUUGUACAAUUAUUCCAGGACUUAAGUUACUUGCCGCUUGAUAAAGGUUCAACU